CUAGAGCAAACACAUGUCUGCACAUUGAACUGUAAAACAGAUGAAUUACACAUAAGUGAUUUUCGUCAAUAUACGACCACCGGAAGUGAAAACGAUCAGUAAGGUAACGCAUUUCGAUUUCAGCAAACUGAUUUGCGACACUUCAAUGUCAUUGAACAACAAACACGGAGAAUGUGUUGACAAUGUGGCACUCAAACUAUAUAAGAAGAAAGAAUUGGAUGUGGCAACAGAACACGAUAAAUCAUCAACAAACAUAAUGCAUAUCCAAUAUCUGUUUGUCAUUUUCCUAAUAACCCUGGAUGUGAUUUGCUCACAACGUCCACAAGCUAAUCCAGGUCUAUCAGAAAAAGAUAAAAAAGAUUUGGAAUUGCUUAAAAAGACUCCAGAAUUUCAAAAAGUCAAAGCAAAAAUUAUGGCCCUAUUAGAUGAGAAAAUAGACAAAUUUGUUCUGGAUCAAAUACGUAACAAGUAGUAAAUUAUUCUCUAAUGAACUGCAAAAUGC